AUGGAAAUUUUGGAAAGCUAUAAUAUUAUAUUUAAUAAAUCGCAAGUUCCUAAAAUAAAAGAGAAAAAAGAACAAGCAUACAAAGAUAUCCACCAAAAAUAUAUUUUGCAAAUUGGAAGGGAUUUAACUGAAAAACAACUAAAAAAGAAAAUCCAAAAUAUAAAGACCGAGUUGAAGAAAAAGACGGACAAAACUGCAACGGGAAAUAAGAAAAUUGUUUUAAACGCGUGGGAAAAACAACUUUUGGUGCUAAUGGAAAGACAAGAAAACCCUGUUUUUCAAAAAGUACCAGGAGCAAUGUCGAUAGGAUCUGUGAUGGAACAACCUCAGCCAUCAACGUCCAAAACUGAAGAAUUUAUUCCAACUCCACCUCAUGUUCGGCCUUUACCUGAUAAGUCUCCAGUUACCAGAAGAACCAAAUUUAAGGAAACAGACGAAACCUCAAAUUUGUCCAAUACAGAGCUCCAACUACUGGUAUUGUUGGAACAGCUGGAACUAAUAAGGGUUCAAAAGGAAAAGGAAAAAAUAUUGUUGGAAAAAAUACAGAAAGAAAAUGGAAACCAAUUUGAAGAAAUAGAUAAUUUGUUGUUCAGAAAGUUUAAGCGUGGAUUCUACGCCAGAUAUAACCCACCACGACCAGCUUUGCGAUUUUGUGAUAGUAAUGGAUUACUAGUUGAGCAGUUUGUGGGGUUUCAAGAAAACGUUAGACAUGGUGCGAAAGAACUCGAAGAUACCUUCCUGAAUAUUUUGAAAUCAAUGGAAAUACCUUUAAAAGACUGUAGGGGCCAAUCAUACGAUAAUGCGAGCAACAUGAGCGGAAAAUACUCUGAGUUACAGGCUCGUAUUAAGGCAUGA